GCGCCCGCCCGCCCGCUCGGGCCGGGCGCGGGGCGAGCACGGCCGCGUGCCGGCGCGGGCGGCCUCUGUAACGGCGGCACCCGCGCGGCCCGAACAAAUCCCGAGGAAGAGUCAGGAAGCCCCGGCCGGAAGCCGGGGUAGCCAUAGAGACGCUAUCGGAAGUUGGGGUUGCUAGGAGGCCGGGGCGACUCGGCUGAACUGCGUCAUGUCUGGCCUCCCCGAAGACGAGGAUUCCGCCUCUGAUGGCGAGGAAGACCGGGGGUCGCGGCUGCGGAAUCAGCCGCAGGAGCCCCCGCGGUUAGCGGAAGAGGCCGCCCCGGAGCUAUCUGUGGGGGCUGAGGAGCCCUUCAGUGAUGAGGCGUCGGAGAAGCCCAUGGGGGCCCUCGCACACGACGCCUCGUCACCCGGGCCGUCGGAAGAAGAUGUUUCCAAGGACUCGGAGGAAGACCGUUCGACAGAGGCCACAACGCCGCCGAGAGUUUCCGAAGAGGUAGAGCUGGAAACAUUAAGAGAUCUGGGAGGAGGGAUUUCCGAGGGCCAGGCAGUUUCAGGGGCUGACAAACACGAGCAAGUAGACCUAGAACCUUCCAGAGAGACCGAACCGCAGGAAGCAGAGGACGUGAUCGUGGAAUCCCUUAAGAAAUCAGACCAAGCGCUACCAGAGGACCCUGAGGUUCUGGGACCCACCAUCAGUGAGCUACGUGUAGGGUUCCCAGAGGAGGCUCAAGAGGGAUCACUUACAAAACAGCAUGAUAGGACCAAGCCAGAACGGGUAGAGCAGACCGAACCAGAAUUCCUGAGUGGGGAAUUAAGAAUAUCAAUGGAAAACGCAGAUCUACAGCCACCAGAGCUGACCAAAGCUGAUGUUCCAAGGGAGACACAAAGAAAAUCACCUGAGGAGGAAAGGACAGAACCUUCUGAGCAGGUCAAACCAGAGGUUCCUGAAGAGGAACCAAGAAAGCAUACUGAAGAGACAGCUCAGGAACCUCUGGUAGAGACUAAAGCAGAGACCUCAGAGGAGAUACAGGGAAAAUCAGCCAAGGAGUCAGGGACAAAACCAUCUGAGCAGACUAAAGCAGAGUCUCCAGAGGAGACACAGAGAAAACCAUCUGAGGAGUUAGGGACAGAAUUAUCUGAGCAGGUAAAACCAGAAUUUCCAGGAGAGGAACCAAGAAAGCCUACUGAGGAGGCAGCAGCUCAAAAACCUCUGGAAGAAACUAAAGCAGAGACCCCAGAGGAGACACAGAGAAAAUCAGCUGAGAAGUUGGGGACAGAACUACUUGAGCAGGCCAAACCUGAGUUUCCAGAGGAGAGAAAAAGAAAAUCAAUUGUGGAGUCAGGGACAGAACCAUCUGAACAGACUAAACCAGAGUUCCCAGAGGAGAAACAGAGAAAAACAACUGAGGAGUUAGGGACAGAACCAUCUGAACAGACUAAACCAGAGUUCCAAGAGGAGAGACAGAGAAAAUCAGAUGAGUUGUUAGGGACAGAAGUAUCUGAACAUACUGUAGCAGAGUUUCCAAAGGAGACACAGAGAAAAUCAAAUGAGGUGUUAGGGAAAGAAGCAUCUGAACAUACUGUAGCAGAGUUUCCAGAGGAGACACACAGAAAAUCAGAUGAGGUGUUAGGGAAAGAAGCAUCUGAACAUACUGUAGCAGAGUUUCCAGAGGACACACACAGAAAAUCACCUGAGUAUAAAAGGACAGAACCAUCUAAGCAGGUCAAACCAGAGUUUUCAGAAGAGGAACCAAGAAAAUCAAUUGGGGAAGCGGAACCACCUGAGCAGACUAAAGCAGAAUUUCCAGAAGAGAUCCAGAGAAAAUCAGAUAAGGAGUUAGGAACAGAACCAUCUGAGCUGGUCAAACCAGAGUUUCCAGAAGAGGAAGCAAGAAAGUCUCUAGACUUUCAAGAACCUCUGGAGGAGGCCAAAGCAGAGACCCCAGAGGAAACACAGAAAAAAUCAACUGAGGAGUUAAGAACAAUACCACAGGAUCUGGUCAAACCAGAAUUUUCAGAGGAGAGAAAAAAAAAAUCAAUUGAGUCAGGAACGGAACCAUCUGAGCAGACUAAAGUAAAGUUCCCAGAGGAUAAACCAAAUCUCUCUACUGAGGAUACACAAAGAAAGUCAACAAGGGAGAAAGUUCCGGAUUCACUAGACAAGACAAAAUCAAAGUUUUCCAAGGAAAAACUAAGAAAAUCAAUUGAAGAAGAUUUCAAGCCAUCAGAAAAGACCAAAUUAGAAAGAACACAAAUUGCAGAGAAAGUUCUAGAGUCACUAGAGGACAUUAGACCAACAGAUCAAAAGUAUGAGGCUAGGAAAUUAUCUGAACACAUAGCAAGUAUUAUACAAGAGUUCAACCCAGAGGAGUCACUGACAAAGCUAAGUGAGAUAGGUGGAAGGCCACUAGGACAGACAAAAUUAGAGGUUCCAAAGAAAAAAUUAGAAGAAUCAGUUGAGGAUAUAAGUCAAGUGUCACCUCAAAGGAACAAACUAGGGGUCCAAGAGGAGUCAGAAACAGAGUUAACUCAGACAAUAGAGUUACUGUAUACAGUCUUAUCACAGUUUAGAGGAGAGAAACGUAUAGAAUACAAAGAGGAGCAGCAAGAAGCAAAAAAAUUUAAGCGUUAUGCAAAGGUCAGACUGGAGCAACUACGCAAAAGGAAGAUUUCAUUCAAGGAAUAUCAUAGAUAUUCAAGAGGCUCUGACUUUACGGAAUCUCGGACUUCUGAAGCUUCAUUAUCUCUACAGCAAGAUUUCUAUCCAGAUCUCCAAAACUUCACUGUGUUCAGCGAUUCCUGCCAAGGCUCACUACAGAGUGAGGAAUCUGAGGAGAGUUUCAGAGAAUCCUCUGUUGGGUCUCCAAAGUCAGAGGAACUGAAAUCUGAAGAAAGUUCUGAGCUUCCAGCAGAGGUUCUGGAAUGGAGUCCGGAGAAUGUUGCAGCGUGGAUUAGCCAGCUGGGCUUUCCCCAAUAUAAGGAGUGUUUUACCACAAACUUCAUUAGUGGACGAAAACUCAUCCAUGUCAACUGCUCAAACCUCCCUCAGAUGGGAAUAACAGAUUUUGAGGACAUGAAGGUAAUUUCUCGGCACGUUCGGGAGCUCCUGGGAAUUGAAGAGCCGGUAUUCCGCCGCAGCAUCAGGUUUCCCUACAGAGACAAUGUUGGCUUAUUUUUAGAGCAAAAAGCUCACAGCGGGGAACAUUCUGAUUCCUUGACCUUUUCUGAAUUUGUGGAAAAAGCAAGAUUACAAGAUUAUGCUGUUAAAGCAACUGACCCUGUAAAAGUACUAACAGACACUGAACAAUUAUCAGAAAAACUUCACAAGCUGAAAAGAUCAAGCUAAGUUAUUUGAAGGGAGUGUUUAGUCUUGGGGAUUUCCCCCCUUUUCCCUUUUCCAUUAAGAAUGAGUUAGAAUUGCCUCAUUCUCUCACUGAUUCACAAUCUGAUUGGUUCUUCUAGUUGAUCAGAUUAUUAACUCAGGCAGAUUGAUAGAAGAAAACUAAUGACUUUUAAAUCUAACUCAUUCAGCCACACCUAGCUCAUACUCUACUGUGGUUUUUCUAGGGAGUAGUUCUCUUCCUAGAACAAGUUCUCUUAAAUUAUUUUAAGCAGUUAAAGGGAAGGUCAGAAUGUUCUUCCUGCAUCUUUGUGACAUUGUCUGGAGAUAGAAAUAUCCUCCGUGUUCAAAUGGGGCAGCCUGCCCUGAACCACACCGUACUUUGUGUUCUGUUUAGUCCCUCAUUAAAGCAAAGAGCAGAAAGCUUCUUUAUCUGGGCUGUUGUCAGAAUUCCUGAUAAACUCUAGUGAUGCAUAAUUUGGGAACAAGAACAUUUAAAGAACCAGAAUUAAAAGUAAAUCUGCCAGCGCAGAUAAUCCCCUCCACAAGUCCAGGGGCAGAGAGGUAAUGUUUUAUUAUUGAUUCAGCAUUGAAUCAGUAUUCAGUCCAUGUCAGAGGCAGAUUGCUAACAAGAUUGCAGAGACAGAAACUCUAUGUCACACAGCCUUCAGUCUUCAUUCUGCUGCAUCCCUGUUAAUUGUCUAUAUCCAUGGAAGAACAGAACUUCUCAUAUUGCUGAGACGAACAGGACAUUACUACUUGGAGCCAUACACUUAGGCUCAACUCCCAGGGAGCCAGGGAGGUGAGAUGUCACCCCUUCCAUUUAUGCUCACAUUCCAAAGAGGGCACCAAGGUCCCCCCAGAAAAACAUUCUCAGAUGUGAGACUGACUUGAGGUUUAUUAACGUUUUUGUUCCACUUAACAAUUUAAAAAGGAGGUUAGAGAAUAGAGCAGAUAGGAUACUUGCCUUACAAAUGGUUGACUGGGGUUCAAUCCUGGUACCUCAUAUGGUCCCAUGAACCCCAGCAUGAGUGGCCUCUGAACACGAGACAAAAUUAAGUCUCCUACUCUCUGACCCACCCUCAGAACCGUCCUCUGUCCCACCCCCUGACCCACCCUCAGACCCGCCCUUUGAACCUCCCCUGACCCUCCCUUUGAACCCCCUUCAGACCUCCCUUUGAGCCACCCUCUGACCAACCCUGUGAACGGCCCACUGACACACCCUUCGACCCACCCUCGGACCCACCCUGUGACCCGCCUUCAGAACUGCCCUCUGUCUCACCCAGUGAAGCGCCCACUGACCCGCCCUUUGAUCCACACUCUGCUCUUUCACCCGCCCUUUGAACCACUCUCAGACCCCCCAACCUGCCCUCAGGCACGCCCUCAGACCCACCUCUGACACGCCCUAAGACCCGUCCUCUGACACAUCUUGACACGCCCUCUGACCCUCCCUGCAACACGCCCUAUGACACGCCCUCAGACCCGCCCUGUGACACGCCCUCAGACCCGCCCUGUGACACGCCCUCUGAUAUUUCAACCGCCCUUUGAACCACUCUCAGACACAUGCCCUAAGACCCGCCCUCUGACACGCCCACGGACACGCCCUCAGACCCACCCUGUGACUUGCCCUCAGACCCGUCCUCUGUCAUGCCUUGACACGCCCUCUGACACGCCCUCUGAGCCUCCCAGCAACACGCCCUAAGACCCUCCCUUUGACACGCCCUCUAACCCUCCCUGCAACAUGCCCUAACGCCCACGGACACGCCCUCUGACACGCCCCUGACCUGCCCUCAGACCCGUCCUCUGACACACCUUGACACGCCGCGCCUCUGACCCUCCCUGCAACACGCCCUAUGACACGCCCUCAGACCUGCCCUCUGACCCUCCAUGCAGCACGCCCUAAGACCCGCCCUCAGACUCACCCUGUGAGACGCCCUACGACCCGUCCUCUGUCGUGCCUUGACACGCCCUCUGACACGCCCUCUGACCCUCCCCGCGUGUGUAACACGCCCUGAGACCCGCCCUGAGACCCGCCCUAAAACCCGCCCUUUGGCGCACUCUGAACUUUCACCCGCCCUUUGAACCACUCUCAGAUACAUGCCCUCUGACACGCCCUCAGACCCGCCCUCAGACACACCCUGUGACACACCCCAAGACCCGCCCGCUGACAAGCCUCGACACGCCCUCUGACACGCCCUCUGGCCCUCCCUGCAACACGCCCUAAGACAGGUCGUCUGACACGCCCUCUGACACGCCCUAAAACCCGCCCUUUGACCCUCCCUCUGAUCUUUCACCCCCCUUUGAACCACUCUCAGACACAUGCUCUAAGACCGGCCCUCUGACACGCCCUUUGACAGGCCCUCAGACCCGCUCUCAGAACCACCCUGUGCACGCCCUAAGGCCCUUCCUCUGACACACCUUGACACGCCCUAAGACCCGCCCUCUGACACGCCCACUGACCCACCCUUUGACCCGCCCUCAGAACCUCCCGGUUUUGCCAUCUAACCCGCCCUUUGACAUGCCCUCAGAACUUCCCUCUGACGCUCCCUUUGAACCACCCUGUGAACCGCCCACUGGACAGCCCUCUGACACGCCCUAUGACACGCCCUAAGACCCACCCUUUUACCGGCCAGUCUUUUGAGUUAAACCUAAAAUUGAUCGAGUCAAAUAAUAACAGUUUCUAAAUGACAAAAAAAAUUAAGUCCUGAAAACCUCUGGAUGUAACUUAAAACCCCAAACCCAAACAACAAAAUAAAGAGGUGGGGAGAGGGAAGAUCACUCCAGUAGCCGUAAGCGCCCUAGGUUCAGUCCCACCACGAACAUUCCCGGCACCACUGGGAGCAACUCCCAGCAAUGAGCCGGGAGGAGCCCUCCCAUCCCACCCUAACAUUAAA